AUGAGUCUCUUCAUCAGCAAAUACUCCAAGCAGCCCGUGCAGGCAAUGGAGGUUAGCCUGGAGAGGAUCCUACUCCGAGCGCAGGUCAUCGUCGACGAGGCCGAGGGGCGGCACAUCACAAACCAAGGGAUGCUUCGGCAGCUGGGCAUGCUGAGGGAUGCCAUGUACCAAGGUUUCUAUGUGCUCGACACACUCAGAUACAAACAUUUUGAAGAUGAUGACGCUGGAGAUUGUAAGGUCGAUAGUCGCUCCUGGGCUCUGUCCAAUUUCAGUUCUGCAAAGCGUCUCUGUCUAUCUGGCAGUAGCAGCAGCACAAAAGAUUCACAAGACCUUGAAGUUGAAGAUGUCCUUGACAGGUUGAGAAACAUGAUUACUGAUGUCAGUGAGUCUGUGAUGUUCUUGACAUCAUAUCCCCGCCUCCACAGCCAGCCCUACAGUAUGCAUCUUUUGAUGGAAAAUUGCAUGUUUGGCCGCCAGAUGGAGAUUGAACUUGUCCGCAAUUUCUUGUUGCACACACCACCUUGCAGUAGUAGACUUGACAGGCUUGAUGUCCUCCCGAUUGUUGGUCCAGUGAGAGGUGGAAAGAGUACCCUUGUUGCUCAUGUCUGCAACGACGAAAGGGUCCGUGAUCAUUUCUCACAGAUUGCGUUCUUUAGACAUGGUACAUUCAGAGAUGAAGAUAUGGCCAUUUUGACAGACAGGUGUACAAUGAGACACACGCAGACCAAGAAACUGUUGAUUGUUUUUGAGGUAGUUGGAGAAAUCGACGAUAAUCUGUGGGAAAGGCUGUAUUCUCUCUGUACAAGUUGCACUACAAGUGGUAGUAAGAUCAUAAUCACGAGCCGGUCUGACAAGAUCACAAAGCUUGGGACAACGCAAACUAUAACUCUGAAGCGUCUGCCUCUUGAGGUGUACUGGUAUUUCUUCAAGGUGCAAGUCUGGCUAGGCCGGCCGCCGGCAUGCUGCUUCUCCUGCUCAGCUGGUGCUCGCCCAACCUUGGUGCGCGCUGCGUCAAUGCCGCCGUCCCGACGGCCGGCGCCGCUCGUCCGCGUGCUCGACGCCUCGAAACCGCCCGAAGUUCUCAAGUCUCAACGCCUCCGCGCGGGCUCGCCCGCUUACCCCGGCUUCCUGACUUCCUCUCACGCCGCCGGCCACCGAGUUUGA